AUAUUGGUGAAGAAUUCAUCUUUCCUUUUCCAAAAUCAUGAGCCAGUCCUUCAUAGGCUACUACAAAUGUAAUGAACUAUUCUUCCACUUUACAUUUCAUGCUAGCUUUCAGUAUGUCUUUCCAGAUGAUGACUGUGGGGACCGGAGUGAUGAGGUGGGCUGUGUUCACUCUUGCCUUGAUGACCAGUUCAGAUGUGCGAGCGGCCGGUGUAUCCCAGGGCACUGGGCCUGCGAUGGUGACAAUGACUGCGGAGACUUCAGCGAUGAGACACACGUCAACUGUAGCAGAGAGGAAGCUCGUUCUCCUGUUGGCUGCAUUGGGAAUGAAUUUCAGUGCCACCCUGAUGGAAACUGCAUUCCUGAUCUGUGGCGCUGUGAUGGAGAGAAAGAUUGUGAGGAUGGGAGUGAUGAAAAGGGCUGCAACGGUACCAUUCGACUGUGUGACCACAAAACCAAGUUCUCCUGCAGGAGUACAGGGCGAUGCAUCAACAAUGCCUGGGUAUGUGAUGGAGAUGUUGACUGUGAGGAUCAGUCUGAUGAAGAAGACUGUGAUAGUUUCUUGUGUGGACCACCCAAGUACCCUUGUGCCAAUGAUACCUCUGUGUGCCUGCAGCCAGAGAAACUCUGCAAUGGGAGAAAGGACUGUCCAGAUGGGUCAGAUGAAGGCGACCUUUGUGAUGAAUGUUCUCUCAACAAUGGAGGCUGUAGCAACCACUGUUCUGUUGUACCUGGAAAAGGAAUUGUCUGUUCCUGCCCAGAAGGACAUCAGCUCAAGAAGGACAAUAGAACCUGUGAAAUCGUAGACUACUGCUCCUCCCACCUGAGGUGCAGCCAAGUGUGCGAACAGCACAAACACAUGGUCAAAUGCUCCUGCUAUGAAGGCUGGGCGUUGGAUACUGAUGGGGAAAGCUGCAUCAGUGUGGAUUCUUUUGAGGCAUUCAUCAUAUUUUCUAUACGUCAUGAAAUUCGAAGGAUUGAUCUGCAUAAAGGAGACUACAGCCUACUUGUUCCUGGACUGAGAAACACCAUAGCACUUGAUUUUCACUUCAAUCAAAGUUUACUUUAUUGGACAGAUGUUGUGGAAGACAGAAUAUACAGGGGCAAGCUGUCAGAGAGUGGAGGUGUCAGUGCCAUAGAAGUGGUUGUGGAACAUGGCUUGGCAACCCCAGAAGGCCUGACAGUUGACUGGAUAGCAGGCAACAUAUAUUGGAUAGACAGCAAUCUGGACCAAAUUGAAGUGUCUAAACUUGAUGGUUCUCUGAGGGCUACACUAGUAGCAGGAGCCAUGGAACAUCCCAGGGCCAUAGCACUGGAUCCACGAUAUGGAAUUCUUUUCUGGACAGACUGGGAUGCCAAUUUCCCUCGCAUUGAAUCUGCCUCCAUGAGUGGUGCUGGAAGAAAAACCAUCUAUAAAGAUAUGAAAACUGGGGCAUGGCCUAAUGGACUGACCGUGGACCACUUUGAAAGAAGAAUAGUCUGGACAGAUGCCAGGUCAGAUGCUAUUUAUUCAGCCUUCUAUGAUGGAACAAACAUGAUCGAAAUUAUCCGAGGACACGAAUACCUGUCACAUCCCUUUGCUGUGUCUUUGUAUGGGAGUGAGGUAUACUGGACCGAUUGGAGGACCAACACACUGGCCAAAGCCAACAAGUGGACAGGGCAGAAUGUCAGUGUGAUUCAGAAGACCAGCGCACAGCCAUUCGACCUUCAGAUUUACCAUCCCAGUAGACAGCCACAAGCUCCCAAUCCUUGUGCAGCCAAUGAAGGGAGAGGCCCCUGCUCUCACCUGUGUCUCAUCAAUCAUAACAGGAGCGCAGCCUGUGCCUGCCCCCACCUAAUGAAGCUCUCCUCUGACAAGAAAACCUGCUAUGAAAUGAAAAAAUUUCUUCUUUAUGCAAGACGUUCUGAGAUCCGAGGGGUGGACAUCGACAAUCCAUAUGUGAACUUCAUCACAGCCUUCACUGUCCCCGAUAUCGAUGACGUUGCUGUAAUAGACUUCGAUGCCUCUGAAGAACGUUUGUACUGGACAGACAUCAAGACACAAACCAUUACACGGGCUUUCAUUAAUGGGACAGGGCUAGAGACAGUUAUUUCAAGAGAUAUUCAGAGUAUCAGGGGGUUAGCAGUGGACUGGGUUUCACGUAAUUUAUACUGGAUUAGCUCAGAAUUCGAUGAAACCCAAAUUAAUGUGGCAAGAUUAGACGGCUCUUUGAAAACCUCAAUUAUCCACGGCAUCGAUAAGCCACAGUGUCUGGCAGCCCACCCAGUGAGAGGGAAACUCUACUGGACAGAUGGGAACACGAUAAACAUGGCCAAUAUGGAUGGCAGUAACAGCAAGAUUCUCUUUCAGAACCAAAAGGAACCAGUUGGUCUAUCGAUAGACUAUGUGGAAAAUAAGCUUUAUUGGAUCAGUUCUGGAAAUGGAACCAUAAACCGAUGCAACCUAGAUGGUGGUAAUUUAGAAGUAAUAGAGUCAAUGAAGGAAGAAUUAACAAAAGCGACGGCCUUAACCAUCAUGGAUAAGAAACUCUGGUGGGCAGACCAAAACUUAGCUCAACUGGGAACUUGUAACAAAAGAGAUGGAAGAAAUCCUAGCAUCCUGAGAAAUAAGACUUCUGGAGUUGUUCACAUGAAAGUGUAUGACAAAGAAGCACAACAAGGCAGCAAUUCUUGCCAAGUAAAUAAUGGUGGGUGCUCUCAGCUUUGCUUACCAACAUCUGAAACAACCAGGACUUGCAUGUGUACAGUGGGAUAUUAUCUCCAGAAGAACCGCAUGUCAUGCCAAGGUAUAGAAUCUUUUCUUAUGUACUCUGUCCAUGAAGGGAUCCGGGGGAUCUCUCUUGAGCCACGUGACAAAGUGGAUGCUCUGAUGCCUAUAUCAGGAGCUGCCUUUGCUGUGGGGAUAGACUUCCAUGCGGGUAAGUACAUGUCAUUAGUAGUUCACGUAUAAUACUCUCUUGAUUCAGGAAACAUGAUGGCAAUAUAACUUUCAAUCUGUACUUGGAAGGUCAGGUUGACAAAGAAUUGAAUAUAAAUUAUUCAGCCUAUUGCUAAUUGUUCUAAUUACAUUCUGUCCGCUGAAAACACAUAAUUAAA